AUGUCUGAUCCCAAGUCCGGCUAUCUACGUGAGAUCUACGUCGGCGGUCUUAGCGGCGUCAAGCCCCAGACCACCGACUUGAAGCAGCUCGAGUUGCACGCCAAGGCCAAGCUCAAGCCCGAAGCGUACGCCUACGUUGCUGGUAGCGCCUCGACCGAAGCGACCGCUCAGAACAACCUCGAUGCCUUUAAGAAGUGGCACAUCGUGCCUUCCAUGCUGCGCGACGUGUCGCUGGCAGAGUUCGACACCGCUACGCGCCUGUUUGGCCGCAAGUACGCAACGCCGCUCGUGAUCGCUCCCAUUGGCGUGCAGGCGCAGCUCCAUCCCGAAGAGGCCGACUGCGCUACCGCAUGCGCAGCAGCCGAGCUCGAGAUCCCCUUCACCCUGUCCUCGGCCACCAGUCGCCCGCUCGAGCAGGUUUACGAGCAGGCUGGCUUCCGAACCAACCCCGUGGAGGAGGACGACGGCGGCGUCGACGCCUGGUUCCAGCUCUACUGGCCCCAGGACGAUGAGCUUACCGAGAGCCUCCUCGCCAGAGCCAAGAAGGCUGGCUACCGCGUGCUCGUCGUCACCCUCGACACGUGGAGCCUCGGCUGGAGACCUCGCGACCUCGACACCACGUACAACCCCUUCCUGACGGGUGAAGGAGUGGCCAACGUUUUCUCGGACCCGGUCUUUGUCCGCAAAUAUUGCGAUGGAAAGGAUCCGCGCCGGGCAGACGUGACGCCGGACGAGAUUACCUCUGCAUCGGUUGCAGCGAUCUCGCAGCUUUCGCCCGGCAUUUCGCGAUCGUGGGCGGACCUGGCGCAGCUUCGACGUCUGUGGGGAUCGGCUCCCAUCGUGCUCAAAGGAAUCCAGACGCUAGCAGAUGCUGCACGUGCCGUUGAAGCGGGCAUGGACGGCGUGUGGGUCUCGAAUCACGGUGGUCGUCAGGUCGAUGGCGCCGUAGGCUCGCUCACCCAGCUGCCGGCGAUUGCCGACUAUAUCCGCUCCCUCCCACUCAAGGAGGGCGAGGAGAAGAAGACGGUCAUCUUUGACUCGGGCAUCCGUUCGGGCGCCGACAUCAUGAAGGCCCUCUCCCUCGGCGCAGACGGCGUCGCCAUCGGUAGACCUUGGUGCUGGGGUCUCGCAGCGAACGGCCAGGACGGCGUGCGCGACGUGCUCAAGACGCUGCUAGCCGAUUUGGAACUCAACGCCGGCCUAGCCGGAUUCCAGUCCACGGCCCAGCUCUCUAGACACAAUCUUGUUCGUGCCGACAGCCGCAUGUAA